UAAAAUCAAAGGCCUGAUUUGGGGUUUGGGUCCCCAUCAUUCCGAUCUAUGGGUUUUAUGUUCGACGCCAGCCAAGCUACGGGCCUGCGGCUGUCCGACGGCUGCCGCGCCCGCUAGGCGGCCGAGUGCGCCCCGCGCGCCCGCACCCCGCUGGAGCUCUGCUUGCGGUCGGUCGUUAGGUUGGUUGGGCAGCUGGAAACGCAGUCAGGCUGGCUGCCUGCCUACGGCCCACGGCCCAGUCGCCUCACGCCAAAUCACGCUGAGCGAUCACGGCUCUCAGCCAAUGGGAUUCCGACCAGACACAGAAGCGCCGCUCCAGCCAGCCCCUUGGCCUCGUUCUCCUCCUUCCCUGCCUCUGUCCGUGCGUCCGUGCGUCCGUGGAAGGGUUCCUCCUCCUCCUCCUCCUCCUCCUCCUCCUCGUCGUCGUCGCCCCUGUUUCCGUGAUUGGCCCUCUGGAGUGAGUUGUUACAUCGUACAUCAUCGACAGCGGGUCCCAGGACGGCCAUUUUGAAUCCAGCUCGGGUCGAAACCGCAGUCAGUCCCGGAUUGUACGCCUUCAACGCCCCACCCGGAAUCAGAAUGGCGGGUCUACCUGCCGACGAUUUCUGCCUUAAGUGGAACGACCAUCACUCGAUCUUCUUCGCCUCAGUGGAACGGCUCUGUCAAUUGGACACGUUGACGGAUGUGACCUUGUCGUGCGGGGCCCAGGACUUCACGGCUCACAAGCUGGUCUUGUCCGUCUGUUCAGGGUACUUUGCGCGGUUAUUCAGCGCUCAGCGCUCACACGUCGCCUCGCCCGACCUGCGCACGGCCAUCGUCUACCUCAAGGAUGUGAAUCCACGCCACAUGGAACUGCUCCUGUCGUAUAUGUACCGCGGCGAGAUCAAUGUGCAAGAGAGCGAAUUGGUCGGCUUGUUGGAAACGGCCCGGAGUCUACAGAUCAAAGGCUUGGCCGACAAUCCCGAGACCUCAGCCCCGCCCACCCCGCCCGUGUCUGCCCCCAUGACCACCGUAAAAAAGCUGCCCAAACUGGCCAAGGUCAAUAGUGGCGGGUCGCACGUGAUGCCUCCGCUGAGCAAGUUGGGUCAGAAACGCCCGCUGACGACCCCAUCCAUGGCCGGUCUCCCGACCAGUCUGACGCCCACCGCCACGCAUAGCCCGCCGCCCGUGGUCAAGAAACCCAAAGAAGAAGUGCCUUGGAUGUCGGAGAAUAGCGAGACCGAGAGUCCCGCCCAUCUGGAGCCAGCCAGCCACGACGGACUGAACGCGGGCGAGGAUUACUCGGCCGAUGAUUAUGGGUACGAGGAAGAAUUCGCGGGCAUGGACCCGGAAAGCAACGACAAUAGCAACUUUGAAAACGAGCCUGGCCCCGAUCAAAACACCGGCGAGGUUCCGCCAGAUGGAACAGAGCAUAAAUGCAAAGUCUGUUGCAAAACAUUUCGCCAACACUCAGAUCUUCAAAGGCAUUGGGUCACUCACACCCUUGAAAAGCCGUACUCGUGCCAAUAUUGCGGCAAAGGCUUCACGCAAGUGGGCAGUCAAUACCGACACGAGAGAAACGCGUGCUCGCGCGGACCCAGAGCCGCAUUCUCGUCUCCGGGACAAGACCUGCAAGAGUCCCAUUUACCGAAUGUUCAAUCUCCUUAAUUUGACCCUAUGAUAGUUUCGCUCGAAAAUCCGAUCAGUCCCAAAAACGUUGAAGCUUAGCAUUUCAUGAGAUUAGAAACCGCUAUGCGGUUCGGUCGCAAACACACUGACACUCAAUUACAUCCUGACCCCCAUGUGGAUGAAUAAUAAACAUUUCGCAAACCUAAAACGACAUUCUCCUUCUUGCGUUAGACAUAAAAAUUUGAUAUGAUUUGUCAUAGGGACAUGAGAACUUCAGUACAGAACUAUGGACGCGUCAAGCUUCAUCCAAUGAGCUUUCGCCAUGCCAUCUAGCUCUUUGUUAACUUAUUUUCUUCAGCAA